ACCACACCAGCUGACAUUUCCAGACAGACGCUGGAAUCAGCUCUUCGGGGGAUUGGCAGAUAAAUUUGGCCCAGGCUGUUGGGAAAAGCUUCAGCCUUCCCAGGGAAGCAGGCCCAGGCUCCCCGACUUCCGUCCACCUGCUCUUCGACCUGGCCUCCCAGGGCCCAAACACUGUCCCGCAGCCUUGCAGGUGAGGGAUAGCUGCUGCCCGGGAGAGGUGACCCGGGCGCCCCACUAGGGCGCCGGCCCCUGCCCUUGGGCCGGGAUCAUGAAAGGCCUCGGCGACAGCCGCCCCCGCCACCUCUCCGACAGCCUAGACCCACCCCAUGAGCCCAUGUUCGCAGGGCCCGACCGCAACCCCUACCUGCUGUCGCCGACGGAGGCCUUUGCCCGUGAGGCCUGCUUCCCCGGGCAGAACACACUGCCAGGGGACAGCCUCUUCCCACUCAACAACCAGCUGCCACCACCCAGCAGCACUUUCCCCCGCAUCCACUACAACUCCCACUUUGAGGUGCCGGAGGAGAGCCCCUUCCCCAGCCAUGCCCAGGCCACCAAGAUCAACCGGCUGCCCGCCAACCUCCUGGACCAGUUUGAGAAGCAGCUGCCCAUCCACCGCGACGGCUUCAGCACGCUCCAGUUCCCCCGCGGCGAGGCCAAGGCCCGUGGUGAGAGCCCCGGCCGCAUCCGCCACCUGGUCCACUCGGUCCAGCGCCUCUUCUUCACCAAGGCUCCCUCACUGGAGGGCACGGCGGGCAAGGUCGGGGGCAAUGGCAGCAAGAAAGGUGGCAUGGAGGACGGCAAGGGCCGGAGGGGCAAAAGCAAGGAGCGGGCCAAGGCUGGGGAGCCCAAGCGGCGCAGCCGCUCCAACAUCUCGGGCUGGUGGAGCUCUGAUGACAACUUGGACGGCGAGAGCGGCGCCUUCCGCAGCGGCGGCCCAGCCUCUGGGCUGAUGACGCUGGGCCGCCAGGCAGAACGCAGCCAGCCACGCUACUUCAUGCACGCCUACAACACCAUCAGCGGGCACAUGCUCAAAGCCACCAAGAACAACACCACUGAGCUGACUGCCCCGCCACCCCCGCCUGUGACCCCGGCCGCCUGCCCCAGCCUUGGGGUGGGCACUGACACCAACUAUGUUAAAAGGGGCUCCUGGUCCACUCUGACUCUCAGCCAUGCCCACGAAGUCUGCCAGAAGACCUCAGCCACCUUGGAUAAGAGCCUGCUAAAAUCCAAAUCCUGCCACCAAGGUCUAGCCUACCAUUACCUGCAGCUUCUUUUGCGGAACAAAGAAUGUCGAUGGGCUCUGGGACCACAGCUCCAUGCUGACCGCCAGGGUCCCCUGACCCCCCAUGCUGGGGUCAGGCUCUGGUUCGGGCCUGGAGGCUUCCCUCUGCAAGUGACUGGCCUGCCGAGGGCCUUCUCGUCGGUGGCCCUGAACUACCUGGGUGCUGCCAAUAAGUUGAUUCGGAGUCUGGACCGCCUGGAUUCAGUGGACAUGCUGCUGCCCUCCAAGUGUCCAAGCUGGGAAGAGGACUACACCCCCGUCAGCGACAGCCUCAACGACUCCAGCUGCAUCAGCCAGAUUUUUGGACAGGCCUCCCUGAUCCCCCAGCUGUUUGGCCACGAGCAGCAGGUCCGGGAGGCAGAUCUGAGCGACCAGUAUGAGGCGGCCUGUGAGUCAGCCUGCAGCGAAGCGGAGUCGACGGCCGCGGAGGCGCUGGACUUGCCGCUGCCCAGCUACUUUCGCUCCCGCAGCCACAGCUACCUGCGGGCCAUCCAGGCCGGCUGCUCGCAGGAGGAGGACAGUGUCUCCCUGCAAUCCCUCUCCCCCCCACCCAGCACCGGCAGCCUCAGCAACAGUCGCACGCUUCCAAGUUCAUCAUGCCUCGUUGCAUAUAAGAAGACCCCACCGCCGGUCCCUCCACGCACCACCUCAAAGCCAUUCAUCUCAGUUACGGUCCAGAGCAGUACUGAGUCCGCCCAGGACACCUACCUGGACAGCCAGGAUCAUAAGAGCGAGGUGACUAGCCAGUCAGGCCUGAGCAACUCAUCGGACAGCCUGGACAGCAGUACCCGACCACCCAGCGUGACACGGGGCGGAGUCACCCCAGCCCCUGAGGCCCCAGAGCCACCCCCAAAACAUGCAGCUCUGAAGAGCGAACAAGGGACACUGACCAGCUCCGAGUCCCACCCUGAGGCCAUCCCCAAAAGGAAACUGUCAUCAAUAGGAAUACAAGUUGACUGCAUUCAGCCAGUGCCAAAAGAGGAGCCCAGUCCUGCUACCAAAUUCCAGUCCAUCGGGGUUCAGGUAGAGGACGGCUGGCGAAGCAGCGUCCCCUCUCACAGCAUGUCCUCCCGCCGGGACACCGACUCGGAUACCCAGGAUGCCAAUGACUCGAGCUGUAAGUCAUCUGAGAGAAGCCUCCCAGACUGUACCCCUCACUCCAACUCCAUCACCAUCGACGCCGGCCCCCGGCAGACCCCCAAGAUUGCCCAGAUCAAGCGCAACCUCUCCUAUGGAGACAACAGCGACCCUGCCCUAGAGGCGUCCUCGCUGCCCCCACCCGACCCCUGGCUCGAGACCUCCUCCAGCUCCCCAGCGGAGCCAGCACAGCCAGGGGCCUGCCGCCGCGACGGCUACUGGUUCUUGAAGCUACUUCAGGCAGAAACAGAGCGGCUGGAAGGCUGGUGCUGCCAGAUGGACAAGGAGACCAAAGAGAACAACCUCUCUGAAGAAGUCUUAGGAAAAGUCCUCAGUGCUGUGGGCAGUGCCCAGCUACUGAUGUCCCAGAAAUUCCAGCAGUUCCGGGGCCUCUGUGAGCAAAACUUGAACCCUGAUGCCAACCCACGUCCAACAGCCCAGGACCUGGCAGGGUUCUGGGACCUGCUCCAGCUGUCCAUCGAGGACAUCAGCAUGAAGUUCGAUGAACUCUACCACCUCAAGGCCAACAGCUGGCAGCUGGUGGAGACCCCGGAGAAGAGGAAGGAAGAGAAGAAACCACCCCCUCCAGUCCCCAAGAAGCCAGCCAAAUCCAAGCCGGCAGUGAGCCGCGACAAGACCUCGGACGCCGGGGACAAGCAGCGGCAGGAGGCCCGCAAGAGACUCCUGGCAGCCAAGCGGGCAGCGUCCGUGCGGCAGAACUCGGCCACGGAGAGCGCAGACAGCAUCGAGAUUUAUGUCCCGGAGGCCCAGACCAGGCUCUGAGACUGCAAGGAGGAAGGAAACCAUUCGAAGUCAUAAAAACACACACACACACAAACUCUGUGCAAAUGAAACAGGACUUUCUCAACCUUUAGUAUGGUUGUUCUGUCUAGAGACCCUGAGCCAACUUUCAAAUUGAUGCAUACAAGGGCUCACAAUUUGGCUUUUUUGGGUCCCUCCCAGCUUUAGGUUAUGAAGAUUUCACACACAAAGUCAACAAAAACCACAAACUAGAAACCUUUUUUUCCUCUUGCGGCCGUGGUGGACUAGAUGGACCUCGGCAGCCCCGGCCAGCCUCCAGACCGCGGUCUUUUUACUUGUUCUGUCUGGUGAGAACUCAGCUAGCUUGUUUACAAGAUGAUGACCGUCCCAGGGCAGUCUUGGGCACCUGCCAUGUCCUUCCUCUUUUCCCGGCUACUCCUGCUCUGACCUUGGAGUUUUCAUUCUUGCGUUUUUCUCUUUUCCCUUCAGAGCUCACACAGUGGUCACCGUCAUGGCGAGCGGCUUUCUGGGUCUCAGCCCCUUCUGCAGUUGAGGGCCCAGGGACAGAGAGAUGGACACGCACCCCCACCCCAGGCUCACACACAGUCUCGUGCGCACACUCACACUCACGCAGACGGAGGCUCCUCACAGGAGCAGCCCCGCCACUGCCACCGCCAGCCCUGGGCAGUGCCAGGCAGGACUUGCCUCUGAGCAGAUGAGGAAGGUUGUAGUUUUGAGGGGGAAAUGAGACAAAGCCACAGUUACCACCCUCCAGACUCCCGCCUUUUUUUUCUCUCCACCCCUUUCUUCCUGCAGCAAAACCUAGGCCUCAGAGUGGCUUCCAGGGGCACUCGGGAGAAGGACCCCAUUUUCUAGGGUUCUGUCCUCAGCCACGCCUGUGUACAGUCCCGAGGGCGGGCGGUGGGGUCUGUAUGUAUGUGUACAUAUGCACAUAGACCUUAGAGUGUAUAUUUAACCAACGCCAUCUGCUCACCCAUGCCCACCAGCGCCACCGCUGGCUCUCGGGGCACCUGGCAGGAGGCGGGUGUGUGAAUAGCAUAUAUUUUUACAUGUACUAUAUCUAGGUGUGUGUACAAGUGUGUGUAAAAAUAUAUACCUUGUGUGUAAGCAGCCCUCUUUUUGUUGGUCUCCCCCGCCCCCAGGGGCCCAUCUGCCCAGUCUCUGAGUUUUCUGUUCUACUUUUUUUUCACCCCAGUCAUCCUCCUCUUUCUCUCUCCUGCCCCCUUCCCCACCCCCAGGGUGUCAUGAGCCCUGAGCUGCAAUGGCCUGGGCCUGCAGGGUGGGGUGGGGGAGGGCAGGGCGAGGGCUGGCCCGGCAGUGAGCUCAGUCCGUGAGGGGCUGCUCUAUACUGUGUAUACGACUUGGUGGCAUUGGAGAUGUCCUCUUGUCCGGCGCUUGCUGCAGGCGGAGCCCCCCCAGGUGAACCAGGGCCUGCUCUGGGCCCAUUCCAGCUUGGCCGCUGUCUGUGACCUUGGGCAAGUCACUUGACCUCUGUGUGCCUCAACUUCCUCCUCUGUAAAAUGGGGACAGUCCCUGCCCCUCCCUACCUCACAGGCAUGUUGUGAGAAUAAAUGAGGUGACGUGUA